AUGCAUAGAUUGUUGCGAGACUUUGACGAUCCACACAGGGCGUAUAACACGAUACACGUGUCGGGAACGAAGGGGAAAGGAACGACGGUUUCCGUGCUCGCGAGCGUCCUGCGCGCCGCUGGAUUACGAAUCGGCACGUAUAAGAGCCCUCACGUGUAUACCGUGGCGGAAAGGAUUCGGAGUAGCGAAAGUGAUGCGUCUGCACAAGUUCUCGACGUACUGCGCGAUUUAGAGCGAGAGAUAAAGUCUGCACAACAGCGUGAGGGCGGUCAGUUGUCGUACUUUGAAGUCCUCACGGCGCUCGCCUUUGCAUACUUUAAAAAGGCAAACGUCGAUUUAGCGCUCGUGGAAGUCGGUCUCGGGGGAAGUCGAGACGCCACAAACGUACUCGCGGCAGAAAAUCUAGAAGCAGCGGUGAUCACACACAUAGGUGAGGAACACCUCGAAGCGCUCGGCGGUUCGAUUGAGACAAUCGUAGACGCAAAAGCUGGCAUCGCGCAUAAAGGUCGUCCGGUGUUUUGUGCCCCAAACGUGGACGAACGAAUAACAACAAUGUUGAAAACUGCGCUCCGCGCGCGUGGGGCGAACGUUAUCGAUAACGUAUGCGUAGACACGCGUCUCGUGCGGUAUCACGUGGAAGACUCGAUCGCUUCGCAGGACGUCGACAUCGACAUCAAAGUGGAUGGUAAAAUAGCGUCCACCCUUUCGAACGUUCGAAUUCCUCUCGCUGGGCCGCACCAGCGCGAGAACAUAAGUCUUGCGCUUCGUGUUCUGUGGUGGCUUCGCGCUCAAAACAAAAUCGACGCAUCUCUGGAAGAUAUUCGAAGAGGCUUGGAAACGACGCGCAGUCCGGGGAACUUUGAAGUAUUUGAGACGAGUGGAGGGCCCACGAUGAUUGCUGAUGGCGCGCACACCAAAGGUUCCGCUCGAGUUCUCGUGAACACGAUUCGUGAGGUUUAUCCCGACCGAAAACUUUUGUUCGUCGUAGCGAUGGCGGACGACAAGGAUCACGGAGGAUUUAUUGAAGAGCUGUACAGGGCGGAUCCCGUCGGUGUGGUGUGCACUCAAAUGCAAGUCGCCGGCGCAUCGUCUCGAACGACGCCCGCGAAGACGCUCGCGAAGGCUUAUAUCGGCCCAGCGCAUGGUCCGACUCCCACCUCAGAAGAUGAUUUCGAGAAGGCCUUGAAAGGAGCGCUCUCGCGCGGCGACGACGAGAUUGUCGUGGUCGUGACGGGAUCACUUUACACGUUCAAAGCGCUUAGCAAGGCGUUACUGUAG